UCCAGCCUCCUCUCUGAGCUCUGGAAUGGCAAGCAGUUCCUGAUGUGUUCAGAGCAGAAAGACACACACACACCCUGUACUCCGCCGCUGUGUGUGUCUGCCACCAGCCUCAGCAACACUCCGCUCCAGCCUGAGAUAUAAUGGGGGCACUGGGAGCCUGAGACCGCACCGCACACCCUGCACCACUGAUGAUGAUCAGCAGAUAGCAGUGUACAGGAUGAUCAUGGCUCCCCGGAAAAGGAAUCGUCAUGCUCUGGGAUUCCUCUGCUGUUUCAGGGGUAGUGAGCACCCAGAAAUCAACCUCAAGGACAACAACCCGCUUCAGUUUGUGGAGUUUGCGGGGCCCAUGCCAUCUGCCGAUGAGCUCAAUGCCCGCUUCUCUGAGCUGGUGGAUGAGUUGGAUCUUACAGACAAGAACAGGGAAGCCAUGUUUGCGCUCCCAGCGGAGAAGAAAUGGCAGAUCUACUGCAGCAAGAAGAAGGAACAAGAAGAUCCAAAUAAACUGGCGACCAGCUGGCCGGACUAUUACAUUGACCGAAUCAACUCCAUGGCAGCAAUGCAGAGCCUGUACGCGUUUGACGAGGAGGACACAGAGAUGAGGAAUAAAAUUGUGGAGGAUUUGAAGACGGCACUGCGGACCCAGCCUAUGAGGUUUGUGACCCGAUUCAUCGAACUUGACGGUUUGACGUGUCUGCUGAACUUCCUGAAGAGUAUGGACUACGAGACAUCGGAGAGCCGAAUACACACAUCCGUUAUAGGAUGCAUAAAGGCGCUGAUGAACAACUCGCAGGGCAGAUCCCACGUCCUGGCCCACCCGGAGAGCAUCAACAUCAUCUCCCAGAGUUUACGGACUGAGAACGUCAAGACCAAGAUCGCCGUGCUGGAGAUCCUGGGGGCCGUGUGCCUGGUCCCCGAUGGACACAAGAAAGUCUUACAAGCAAUGUUCCAUUACCAGGUCUACGCUGCCGAACGGACGCGAUUUCAGACACUCCUGAAUGAACUAGACAGAAGUAUGGGAAGAUACAGAGACGAGGUUAAUCUAAAGACCGCCAUCAUGUCUUUUAUCAAUGCCGUCCUGAACGCCGGCGCAGGAGAGGACAAUUUAGAAUUCCGGUUACAUCUGCGAUACGAGUUCCUGAUGCUGGGAAUCCAGCCCGUCAUCGAGAAGCUGAGAGGACAUGAGAACGCCACCCUGGACAGACAUCUGGACUUCUUUGAGAUGGUGAGAAAUGAGGAUGAACUGGAGCUGGCCAAGAGGUUCGACCUGGUUCACAUAGACACCAAAAGUGCCACCCAGAUGUUUGAGCUGAUAAAGAAGAAACUGAAGCACACGGAUGGGUACCCGUACCUGCUGUCUAUCCUCCAGCACUGUCUGCAGAUGCCUUACAAGCGUAACGGGACAAAUCUGCAGCACUGGCAGCUCCUGGACCGGAUUUUACAGCAAAUCGUCCUUCAGUAUGAGAGCGGAGAAGAUCCGGAUGUGUCCGCACUGGAGAACUUCAGUGUCAAGAAUAUCAUAAGGAUGUUAGUAAAUGAGAACGAGGUGAAGCAAUGGCGGGAGCAAGCAGAGAAGUUCAGAAAAGAGCACACGGAGCUGACCAGCCGGCUGGAGAAGAAGGAGAGGGAGUGCGAGACGAAGACUCAGGAGAAGGAGGAGAUGAUGAAGACCCUGAACAAGAUGAAGGACAAGCUGCAGAAGGAGUCGUCGGAGCUGCGGCAUGCGCGGGACCAGAUGGGGGAGCUCGUGGCUCAGCUGAACGAGUUCUCGAAUGGUGGUGCCCUUUCCUUUCCUCCUCCUCCUCCCCCACCUCCAGGGGGUCCCGUUCCUCUCCCUCCAUCCUUAUCUGAAAACAUGCCACCCCCUCCUCCCCCACUAUCAUUUUCCUGUUUCCCUCCGCCUCCUCCACCACCACCACCACCCGGGGGCCCCCCGCCUCCUCCUGGUUCAACCAGUUGUUUGGGUAUAGGUGUGCUAGGCGUCCCUGAAGAGAUGUGUUUUCUGAGAUUGCCUAAAGGUGGACCAAUACAGUGCGUUAAAUUGAACCAGGAUAAAAUCAGUUGCACAAUCUGGAAUGAGAUUGAUGACAUCAGAGCAUUUAAAAUGCUGGACCUGGAAGAGUUUGAGCGAAUGUUUUCGGCCUACCAGCGACAUCAGAAGGAUAUGGACUCCAUGGAAGAUCUGUACCUGUCUACAAGAAAGGUCAAAGAACUGUCCGUGAUUGACGGCCGCCGGGCACAAAACUGCGUGAUUUUGCUCUCUAAGCUCAAACUUUCCAAUGAGGAGAUCAAGAAAGCCAUCAUGGAGAUGGAUGAACAAGAGGACCUCCCGAAAGACAUGUUGGAGCAGCUCUUGAAAUUUGUACCCGAGAAGAGCGACAUUGACUUGCUGGAGGAACACAAGCACGAAAUUGACCGCAUGGCGAGAGCAGAUCGAUUCCUGUUCGAGAUGAGCAGGAUCGACCAUUACCAGCAGCGGCUGCAGGCUCUGUUUUUCAAGAAGAAAUUGCCAGAGAGGCUGGCGGAGACCAAACCCAAGGUGGAAGCUCUCCUCAUGGCGUGUAAGGAACUGACCCGGAGUAAGCGGUUAAAGCAGCUCCUGGAGGUGGUGCUGGCGUUCGGAAACUACAUGAACAAAGGACAGCGAGGAAACGCCUUUGGGUUUAAAGUCGCAAGCUUGAACAAAAUCAUUGACACAAAAUCCAGUAUAGACAGGAACAUCACCCUCCUGCAUUACCUAAUUAUGCUAUUUGAGAAGACCUAUCCGGAUAUCCUUAACAUCCAGAAUGAGCUGCAGCACCUCCCAGAGGCCGCCAAAGUCAACUUAGGGGAGUUGGAGAAGGAAGUGCACAACAUUAAGAAUGGAAUGAAGGCUGUGGAGGCCGAGUUGGAGUAUCAGAAACGCCACUACCGGGAGGCAGGAGACCGAUUUGUGCCAGUGAUGGGUGACUUCAUCACCGUGGCCAGCUUCAGCUUUUCAGAAUUAGAAGACCUUCUAAGCGAGGCCAGGGAUAAGUUUUCCAAAGCCGUGAAGCAUUUCGGUGAGAUGGAGGGCAAAAUGCAGCCGGACGAGUUCUUCGGCAUAUUUGACACUUUCCUGCAGUCGUUUUCUGAGGCCAAACAAGAUCUGGAGAACAUGAGGAAGAAGAAGGAGGAAGAGGAGCGCAGGGCACGGAUGGAGUCCAUGCUUAAAGAACAGCGGGAGAAAGAGAGACGGAUGAAGAAGUCCCAGGCCGGGAGCAUAUCCGAGGAAGGCGGCGAGUUCGACGACUUGGUGUCAGCGUUACGAUCCGGAGAAGUGUUCGAUAAGGACUUAUCCAAGCUCAAGAGGAACCGCAAACGCUCUGGAAACCAAAUUCUGGACACGAGCAGAGAGAGAGCGGUUACCAAACUAAAUUAUUAGAAAGCCGCCGGUAGAGACGUUGUAAUGGAACGGAACGAUUUUUGGGAAAUGAUUCGAGGUCACGGGAAAAGUUGAAGUUUCCUUAUGGAAGAAAACGCUUUACCUCUUCGUGACUGAGAUCAUUCCCACCAUGGCUUGGACGUCAAGCUUCUUGAAGUGCCUCCGUGGAUUCCUUUCAUGCCUGGUUAAGGGCUCGAGUCCACGUCUACAAAUAUUUGGAAAGGCCCGCAGCAGUGGAUGAAGACGGGUCAAACCUCGUUAUCACACUUUAGAAGUGCCAAUAUUUUUGCACUGUCCAACAUUUCAAAAAUAAUGGUGUUUUUUUUAACUUUUUUUUGGCCAGAGACUCAAAACAUUUUGCAUACGGAUGAAACGGAAGCCCCCGAUGUAAGAGAUGGCAGGCCCAUUCUGUAGUCUAACAAGGAUGUUUGGAAAGCUCUGCGCGACGUGACGCCAGGUCCAUGGAACAAAAUCAAAGUUGCACAUUUUGAAACUAGCUUUUAUUUUGUAGAUUGAGUUUCAGCACUCUUUCUGGGAAGCUCAGCUGCAAUUAAUACAAGUGGGUACUUUCUUCAAGCCCGUGUAAACCCAAGCCUUGUACGGGGCAUACUUUUGUGAUUCCAGGAUUCCGUUUUCUGAAACGGAACAUAGAAAAACCACUGUGUGUUCCCAACGAGUUAUGCACUUUUUUCGCCUCUCAUCUGUUGCCAUGGUUAGUAUUGGCUUCAAAGAUGUUGUUACACAGAGUCCAACUUGCUAAAAUUUCGAGCUGGCUCAACAAAAGCACUAUGUUUCGUAAUCGUUAAAACAAAUCAAUGCGUCAUGAGGUUCUUGACCCAGCCUCACAGCCAGCACUUUUCAGAUAUUUUGAGAGUACGUGGGAGUGCCAAAAAUAUUUUAUCUCCAUUAGAAGCACAUCAGGAAUUUUUUUUUAUCUUAAAAAGGGAGGAAAUAGGAUAAUCAAAAAAAUCUAGGGAUCAGAGUUGGAUUUACCUGGAUGGAAUAGUUUCAUACUCAGCACUGGAUGGUGACAAUUCAUUGGAUGAGAGGCAGAGAUCUUGAAGGACAUGUGAACCAUCUGGAAGGUCUACCAUGAAAUCUCCUUAUUUGUGAGGAAUUCAGUGGUAUUGGUAACCUGGCCUGGUAG